AAUUACGUAACAUAAUUGUAUUAAUUAUUAUUAUCUUUAUUAAACGAAGAGUGUAUUCUUUGAAAAUAUUCCCGAAAAAUUAGUUAAGUUCAAAUAAGAUACCAUUGUAAUUACAUAGUAUUUCGUUAUUCUCUAAUUUUAAUUUCUUAUACAUAAAUUUUGAAUGAUAUUGCUUAAUAUGAAACUCCUUGCCUAUUACGUUAGUACCAAUUAAUGGUCGAUUAGUUAUUACGUUAUUCUUUAUGACGAAAUAAAACUGUAAAUAUUGAGUUAAGUAAAUCUGUGUAGAAUUAAUAAUGUUGCCUUCAUUUAUAUAUUUUUUUAACUAUAUUUACAAUCAACAGCUCAUUUCAAUAAAUUUUAUUUUCAUAGAUUUAAACGAUUAUUAAUAGAUUGCUUAGUAAUGCAAUGUUCAUACGCAUAAAACAACAGCUCUCAUUUAGUUUCUUUGUUUAAGAAAUAUAGUUUCAACUUAAAAAUGUUCGUAACAUUUGCGGACAGUAAUGUCAAUUUCAAAUAAAUUAGAAUAAUUCUGAAUAUAUACGACAAAUUAAUGAUAAUGGCGUAUACGGUAUCUUUUUGUUCAGUAGUAUGUAAAUGUAAACAGGUAUCGUGCAUGUGUAGUGCAUAGACAUAUGGGAUGUGGUUGUUCUGUUAACUUACCACGUAUUUUUUGAUACUUCCUUUACAUUACCAACCAGAUUCAGUUAUUGAGUCAAUCGAAUUAAAAUUAGUAUGUAAAAUUAAUUUAUUAUCGAGUAAAACAUGUUUUCGAAGACGAAAAUGGAGAAUCAACGGUCUCAUGUGUUGAUGCCGGUUCUUCUUAGUGCUUGUGCAAUUCCAAUUUCUAUGCUUUUUUGGUUCGUAAAUGUAGCCUAUUCAACAUUUCAUCCAGAUAGUGAUAAUCACUUCGAAGAGUACUUGGUGAUAUCACCAUGGAGAUGGUUGGCAGUUGUCUUGGUUCCUCUGUUUGUAGCAUUUUGGGGCUUAAAAAAGAAAAGCAUAGAUAUUACUGGCGCUAUCCUUGGAUUUUUUAUGGGUUUUAUUUUGACGCUUACAAGUUACACUCAUUUGGCUUGUCUCUUUGCAUUCUUUAUUUCAUCUUCCAAAGCAACAAAGUUUCGUUCACACAAAAAGAGAAAACUUGAAGCAGAUUUUAAGGAAGGUGGCCAAAGAAAUUGGAUUCAAGUUUUAUGUAAUGGUGGUAUGGCAACACAAUUAGCACUUAUAUAUUUAUUGGAUGUUGGUUGUGGCGAACGACCUAUAGAUUUUGAUAAGAAUUAUAGGAGUUCUUGGCUGUCAAUUGGAAUUUUAGGAGCUUUCGCAUGUUGUAAUGGAGAUACCUGGGCUUCAGAAAUUGGAACAGUUGUCGGUACCAGUGACCCUUUUUUGAUUACCUCCAGAAAAAGAGUGCCAAGAGGAACAAAUGGUGGUGUCUCCUGGGUAGGUCUUUUGGUUUCCGCGCUCGGCGGAUUGCUUGUGGGGUUAUUUUAUUACUUUACCGUACUAUAUACUGUAGACACCGCUGUACUUCAAGUAGCUGCACCACAAUGGCCAGUUAUUCUUAUUGGAGGUAUUGGAGGUCUUGUUGGUAGCAUUAUAGAUUCUAUACUAGGAGCUACUUUACAAUAUUCUGGAAUUAAUGAGAAUCGAGUGGUGGUUGAACGUCCUGGGAAAGGAGUAAAAUACAUUUGUGGUAGACAAAUUUUGGAUAAUCACAGUGUUAAUCUUUUAUCAAGCGUUGCGGUCGCUCUCACUUUACCUAGAAUAGCAAACUUAGUUUGGCCUUAAAAGUAUUUAUUUAACUGAACGAAGCAAUGUGUAAUUGAAAAUUUGAAUAAGUAUUUACUACAGAUAAAUAUUGAAUUAAUUAAAUAUAAUACAAUUAUAAUGUUUAAUUAAUUGGAUAUUUAUCUGAAUAUAGAUAUUUAUUUAAGCAUUUCAUUAAGCAUAUGUUUAUGAAAGUGUAUACUUUAAUUUCCAGAUAUAAAUUUAUUUAUACAGUUGCGCUAAUUUAAUGUUCAUGGAGUCAUUCCAAUCAUUUUUUGGCAGCGUUUCUUCUGAGCCAGUGUCUGUGUUACUUCAGACUUGUAAUCAGUAAUACCUCAGCAAGCAAAGAGUCAUCAAAAUGAAGAAGACAAAAUUUUUUAAAGCAAAAUAUUGACUGUGAAAAUAUCACUAAUCAUGACCAUAUUUGAAUAAAUCUAAAUAAUACGAAUGUAUUAUAUAGAAAUAAAAAUUUUAAUUGGAUUUUUCAAUAUCUCUGCAAAUUAUUGUAAUGCCAAUGAUAAUGUUAAAUCAUGAAUGUACGUACAAAAUGUACGUAUAAAUAUGGGUACAAAUUUGUAGGUAUUCUAUAAUAAUGCAGAAAUUAAUAGUAAUAAUAAAAAUAAAAAUAAUAGUUAUAAUAGUAAAAUGCAAUAAUACAAUUCCGCAAUUCUUACGAUACCUACCUCCCCGAAUUAAAUUUGUGCCGUAGACACGAUUUUAUGAACAUUAAGUGGGUACUACUGUAUACACAAUUCUGAAUUAUCAAUAGUUAAAGUACUUUUUGAAGGUCUGGAUGUUGAUAAAAUCAUUUUUCUCUGUAACAUAUAAUAAUAUUUUAUGUUAAUUUUUUACAUUGUUCUAACUAUAUUUUAUGUUUUAUUAUUACUAUUAUAAUAUUGGAAUAUAUAAGAUUAAAAAAUGAAAUUCUGAUCUAUAUUUAUUAGUGUUUGGGAACCGUCCAUGUAAAGGCAUAUAUUAAUUAAGACUAAAUAUUUUUAGUAACAAGAU